AUGAAAGAGUCGAUGACCACUGAGAAGAAAAACCAAAUCGCUCCAGCACAGCGAGAAUUACUUACGCUGGGUUUUCUCAUGGCAUUUUCAAAAUCGUCUAUCUCAACAAAAAAAAUCUGGCCUCCAACGCCAACUGCCAGAGGACUUCGCGAAGUCAGUGAUAUUAUAUAUGGUUUCAUUCCGCUGUACUAUCCAGUCAAUUUGAUUGUUGACACUCCAGAAUUUCAAAGGCUGCGGCGAAUUAAACAAAUGGGCACUGUAGACCUGAUUCAAAAUUUUAAACUCUUAAUGGAUGAAUCGGUGCCUUUAGGCAGCGUCAAUGUUUUCAUUUGUACAAUUUCUUUUCCUGUGUACUACCUCUCCACCCAAUUCGUAAACUUGUUGGCUGAGAAACCAAACACUGGAAUAGAUUCUAGAGAUCGGCUUUGUGUUGCAAUUGCAGGACUUUGCCACGACAUUGGUCACGGGCCAUUUUCUCAUCUUUAUGAGGAAUGUUUGAAAAGAGUUGAUCAGGGAAAUUCAUGGACGCAUGAGAAAGCGUCGGUACUAAUCUUUAGGCGACUGUGCAAAAAUAAAGAACUCAAGAAAGCCCUAGAUGAAUUCCUGGAACCUGAGGACUAUGUCUUUAUUGAGGAGAUCAUAAAACCUCCGAAAGAAAAAUUUGAUAAAAGCGGUUGCUGGGCAUAUCAAGGUCGUCCCAGAGAAAAGUCAUUUUUAUACGAUAUUGUCUGCAACGUUAAUGAUUCAUUUGAUGUAGAUAAGUACGAUUACCUAUUGCGCGAUAGCUUGUAUACAGGACUUGCUAUUCCUUUUAACAAAAAUACUCUUAAAAGAAUAAUGAGUUGGGCGAUGCCACUAGAGGUGUCUGACGAAACUGACAAAAACAAGAACAAAUACUUUCGGUUGUGCUACGCGGAAAAGGUUUCAAAAGACUUAUGGCAUGUUGGCGAAAGCAGAUACUUGCUGCACCAGACUGUUCUUGAUCACCGAGUAACACGAGUCUGCGAACAUCUUUUGCUCAAGAUUAUUACGGCAGCAGCCGAGCACCUAACAUUUACUGGUGACGACGGUAGGCAGUACAAUUUGGCAACUAUUACUAAAAAUUUGGAGGCAUUUUUAAAAAGCGACGACUCUAUUCUUGAUACUAGCACUUUUGUUAAGAUACGAAAGUCAACGACUCAGGAAUUCAAGGAGGCUAAAUACUACUGUGAAUGUCUGUCGCGUAGAUGUCUACCAAAGUUUGUUGGAAAAAAGAGCUUGAUAACUUCUGAAGAUGCUGAAAAGUGGAACAGUGAGGAAAAAGUGAAGAAAGCUAUAUUACAAAAAGUUGAUUCAGACAGUAUAUCUGAGAAAGAUAUUAUUGUCAGCAUAAGAAGCUUGCACUACGGUAUGGGCAUUGAAGAGAAUCCAAUGAACAGAGUUUUAUUGUACAAUCCUAAGGCUACAAAAAUAGCUGCUUUUGCGUAUGAUGGCGAAGAAGUAACGCCUAUUAAAAAAGUAAAGCGCCGUCUAGAUGGAGAUGUCAGUGUUACCGUAUUUUUAUCGUAUGAAGCUUUUAAAAGAGAUGAGAGUAUUGUCGAAGUGGUUCGGAAAGCUUUUAAACUUUGCUUUUUUUUGAUGCAUCAGCUAGAGAACGAAUUAGUUAUUUGGUCGUCAAUAAAAUUUUGUAUUAAAAUUUCCCCAGUCAAUGCUCAAUAUUACUACCGCUUAACGGUUUGUCACAAAGAUAAUCAAACAACCGAUCAGCUGAUAUCAAAACUGUCAAUCGCCGUAUUAAAAAAGUGCAACUUCAGCGAAAUUAGUUUGAAUUUAAGGUACUAUUACGUGUAA